CGGAAGCUUUGUUGAUGUGCCGCACCACCUAGCCCCCCAUACAGUUGCAGAAACAUUUUGCCUCACACAGACAAGAAAGGGUAAAAUAUUGAAACUUCUGUGGGCCCUUCAUCCCCGGACUAUGCAGUGCUUUUUUUCCCUAGCUAACCGGCUGAUCCCUUGUUUUUAACUCUUUCCCAGAGAAUCCAGAAGAAUAAAGCAAAGAAAUGGAUGUUGUUUCAGUUAUAGUAACCAUAGGAGGAUACUUUGUGGACCCAAUCAAAAAGCAUUGUGGCUAUCUGUUUCAGUACAAUAGCAACAUCAAGAAUCUUGAAGAUCGAAUUGGGAACCUUCGUGCCAUGAUAGAUGGGGUGCAAUUAAAAAUUGACGCAGCAAAAAGGAACGGACAGGUAAUCUUACCUGUGGUUGAGAGGUGGGUAGAAAAGGCACGCAACAUCCUUGAUGAAGAUGCCGAAGCAAAUAAGAAGGGCUUAGAUGGUUGGCGUCCACGUUAUUCCUUGAGUAGGAAAGCUAAGAAGAAGACUCUGGAAAUUGAUGUACUACUAAACGAUGGACAAUUUAGUGAAGUGUCCUCUCCUCCACCUUCGCUGGGAGUAGGAUCUUCAUCCAUAGAAGGUAUUAUGGAUUUUGAGUCAAGAACAAAAAUGAGGAGAGAAGUUUUAGAGGCACUAAGAGCUGACGAGGUCAAUAUGAUUGCCAUAUGCGGUAUGGGGGGGAUAGGGAAAACAACAAUGGCAAAAGAGGUAGCGAAAAGAGCAAAAGAUGAUAAGUUAUUUGAUGAAGUUGUGAUGGUGGUGGUGUCCCAGAAUCAAGACUUGAGAAAGAUUCAAGUUCAAAUUGCGGAGAUGCUAGGUCUGCAACUCGUUGAAGAGAAUCCACUUGUGAGAGCAGAACGAUUAAAUAAUAGGCUAUCAAUGGAUAGUAAGAGUGUUCUUGUAAUAUUGGAUGACGUGUGGGAUGCACUUGAUUUAGAGGCUGUUGGAAUUCCUUGUGGAGGUGAACACAAUAGAUGCAAAAUCUUGUUGACAUCACGAAGUGAAGAAGCCUGCACUCAGAUGAAAACUCAGAAGAUUUUUCCAAUCAAAGUUUUAUUUGAAGAAGAAGCAUGGAAUCUUUUCAGGAGGAUGGCAGGUAAUUGUAUCGAUACUCCCAAUCUACACCCAAUAGCAAAAGAGGUUGCAGAGGAAUGUGGAGGUCUACCUGUUGCUAUUGUAACUGUUGGAAGAGCUCUAGAAAACAAAAGCGAGUUUGAGUGGAGUGCUGCACUUCAACAGCUUAAAAAUGCUAUCCCAAAAAAUAUUCCCGGUCUUGAUUCAAAGGUGUAUUCCAGCAUAGAGCUUAGUUAUGGUUACUUAAAAAGUGAUGAAGCCAAGUCAUGCUUUUUGUUAUGUUGUUUAUUUCCGGAAGAUUAUGAUAUUCUCAUUGAACUUUUAGUGAGGUAUGGGGUGGGACAAAGGUUGUUUGCAAAGAUUGAUACUGUUGCAGAAGCAAGAAAUAGAGUCCAUGCAAUAGUUAAGAAUCUCAAAAGAUCAUUUCUACUGUUGGAUAGUGAGGUAGGAGAACAAUUUGUGAAAAUGCAUGAUGUUGUACGGGAUGUUGCAAUAUCAAUUGCAGAAAAUCAAGGUUUUCUUGUACGAUGUAAUGAAAAUAUGGAAGAAUGGCCAGAGAAAGAUUCAUGCGAGCGUUCUACUGCAAUUUCACUUGUAACCGUAGAAUUGAAAAGGCAUCCCGAUGGCUUGGAGUGUCCUAAACUUGAGCUUUUGCAGCUAGCAUUUGAGAUUGACACUUUGCAAACGCUCCCACCCAAUCUAUUUAAAGGGAUGAAAGGUUUAAAGGUUUUGUCUCUGUUUGGUAUGUCCUUUCCAUCAUUACCACAAUCAAUCAAUGUCCUUCAAAACCUUCGGACCCUGCAAUUUGUUAAUUGUGAGAUAACAGAUGCAUCAGCAAUUGGAGAACUUAGGAAGCUAGAAAUUCUUAGCUUUUUGGGUUCUAAAAUCAAGGAGCUGCCAGGAGAAAUGAGAAAUCUUAGUUAUCUAAAGUUCUUAGAAUUUACAGAAUGCAAUGAUCUUGAGCGAAUUCCACCUAAUCUCCUAUCAAGUUUAUCUCACCUAGAAGAGUUUUACAUGGUAAGAGCAUAUGUGAAGUGGAAACCCAUGGAAGAGGAAGAAGAGUACCAGGAAGAAGAGAACAAGGAAGAGGAAGAAAAGAAAAAGGGAGCAAACGCAAGCCUUACUGAAAUCAUGUCUUUGUCCUAUUUGGUGGCUUUAAAAAUCCAAAUACCAAAUAUUAAGGUCUUGCCAAAAGACUUGGCCUUCAAAAAUGAAACAAUAAAGUUUCAAAUAUUUUCAGGUGAUAAUGAGGUAAUUGAUGUGGAUAAUUUCGAGGACUAUUAUCAUCAUUUAUUUAAAAAUAGUUUGGGACUUGCAAGUUGUGACGUAAGUGAUAUUGCGAAGAGUCAGAUGCUUCUUCAACUUUUCAAGAAAUCUGAAAUUUUAAAGUUGAAAGAAAUAAAAGGUUUAAAAAACAUUGUGUAUGAGUUAGACAAAGAGGGUUUUCAAUGCUUGAAGGUUCUAGAAGUUGGUGAUAGCAAUGAUGUAGAAUAUGUAAUGGAUGCCACAUCAGAUCAGAAUCCUCAUGUUGCCUUCCCUAUCCUGGAGUCAUUGAAAGUGUUUCAAUUGAAUAAUUUAAAAGAGAUAUAUCAUAGCCAAUUCCCAAAGAGCGAGAGGUUUGGUUCAACUCCAAAAGUUAGAAAUAGGUAA